AUGGAAAACGAUAAAGGUCAAUUAGUCGAAUUAUACGUUCCAAGAAAAUGUUCUGCUACCAACAGAAUCAUCAAAGCUAAAGAUCAUGCUUCAGUUCAAAUCAACAUUGCUAACGUUGACUCAGAAGGUAAAGCUGUCCAAGGUGAUGUUACCACUUACGCUUUAUGUGGUUACAUUAGAGCCAGAGGUGAAGCUGAUGAUUCAUUAAACAGAUUAGCUCAACAAGAUGGUUUAUUAAAAAACGUCUGGAGUUACUCCCGUUAA